UUGAUGCCUAUGGGUACUUGCAGAGGUAUUUAAGUAAUUUUUUUCUGCCCAUAUGUCCAAUGUCGGAGUUGAUAAUAAAAUGCUAUCGGGUGUUUUAACCUCCGAAUUGCAACUCUGGUUAUUAAUUACCUUUACUCCUUCGUCGUGGACCAUAGCGUAUCUGGCAUCUGCUGAAUAUUCCCACCAACGCUGAGGCCUGCAACGCUGCGAUGAGAAAUUUCCGCGCAUACCUUACCUUGCCUGGCUUAGGAGGCAUCAGCACAAGAGGUGGCAGAACAUAUGAUGAAGAGGGUCUUGAUUGGAAGUCUAGCUUGUGGCACAGCCGGCGACGGACAUUUCUAUUACGUUCCAGGACAAGAAAGACCGUCAUGCUGUUGCUUUGUGGAGACCUGAUGGUUAUCGGGCUACUGCUCCAGACCAUUAAACCCCUCAUCAGCCUAAUGUACCACAACAAAGAACUCUUCACUCCUCAAACUGGCCUGUCUGGCCUUAACACCUCGGAUACCUGGGGCCAGGUAAAUCAAUCAAACAAGAUACCACGAAUACUUCACCAAACAACAGCUACGGAGGUGAUUCCAGAUCAUUGGGUUGAGCCACAAAGGAGUUGCAAGAACGCGUAUUUAGAUUUUGAGUACAAACUAUGGACUGAUGAUUCAGCGCGCAACUUUCUCGCGGUUGAAUAUCCUUGGUUUGUGGAUAUCUGGGAUAGUUAUGCUUUUCCAAUUCAACGUGCAGACGCUAUUCGAUAUUUUGUUUUGUACCACUAUGGCGGCAUUUACCUCGACAUGGACACGUGGUGCAAUAAGACCAUCCCUAUUCACGCACUUAAGUCAGGGCCAGUGAUACACCAUGCCCUUUUCAAACCAACAUUACCCACUGGCAUAACCAAUGCUUUUAUGAUGGCGACUGCGAAACAUCCAGUAUAUGCAGCGGCAAUUGCCAAACUGCCAGCCUUUCAUGCCAUGACCAAGUUUUGGGCUCGACUGCAACCUUACUGCGCUGUUAUGAUAUCUACGGGACCCUUGUUUUUGACAUUAGUGGUGAAGGAUUACUUACUUAAGCAGCCCUCACUCCCAUCGCCAACAAUAUGGGUUAUCGAUACAACCGAACUGGGACAAUAUAUUACCGAUCUUGAAAGCGCAACCUGGCAUCAUUCAGAUGCAAGGAUAUUCAUCUGGCUUAGUGAUAAACCAUUUAUAUGGUUCAGUGCGGGAGUGAUAGUGCUUGUGAGUGUUUUAUAUGUUCUGAAUUAUAUGUUGAUAAUGGUCUCUAAACAUCAGUGGUGGAAGGUUCCAUAUCCUGGCCUUAAACUCACCAAAGCAACAUAAGCAGACCAGGCCCUGUACACAACAAGAUAUAGUUCUUGAAUGAGGAGGAUGUAAAUAUAUGUUCUAUUUUUAUUUGUACAAGACAACCUAGGUAACUGACCAAGGAGUUUACUUUAAUUAAAGCAUUAAUAACUCCACCUGAUGCUAGUG